AUGACUGUUGCUGAGUAUACUAGUAAGUUUGAGGAGUUAUGUCGCUUUUCUCGUAUCUGUCAAGGUGCUCUUGAAGAUUUUGCUGAAUGGAAAUGUAUUAAGUAUGAAGGAGGUCUUCGGAGUGAUAUUUUGAGCUUUGUUGCCCCAAUGGAGAUCAGGGUAUUUUCUAAAUUGGUGAAUAAGAGUAGGGUGGCUGAGGACUGUGUGAAGAAGGCGGCAGCAGAGAAAGAAAGUUUGAGGGUGCCUUUUCAGAGACCUUCUGGGUGGAACUUUGCUCCGAGAGGUAGAAAUUUUAAGCGUGGAGGUUUUGUUCCACAGCAGACUCAGGGACAAGGUAAUUACAGAAGGCCGAAUACUAAUUCUAGUCAAGGAAGAAGGUUUGGGAAGCAGCCACAGCAGGAUCUGAAUUGUCAGAAGUGUGGAAAGUAUCAUCCUGGAGUUUCGUGCAGAUUAGGACUUGGAGUAUGCUAUUCCUGUGGACAGCCCGGGCAUAUAGCCAGUAAUUUCCCAGAGAAGAAGAAGUAUGAGACUGGUAGGGUGCAGCAGCCAGGGAGAGUAUACACCACUUCUACCAUAGGUGCUGAGGGAUCUGAGAUACUUAUUAGAGGUAAUUGUGAAAUGGCUGGUAAAAUCUUAAAUGCUUUAUUUGAUUCAGGAGCGUCUCAUUCAUUUAUUGCAUUUGAAAAGGCCCAUGAAUUAGGAUUGAGAAUGGUGGUUUUAAGUUAUGAUUUGAAAGUAUAUACUGCUACUCAUGAAGCUAUAGUGACUAGGAUAGGAUGUCCACAAGUUUCCUUUCGAGUACAACAGCGUGAAUUUGUGCAUGAUUUGAUUUGUUUGCCUAUGACUAGUCUUGAUCUCAUUUUGGGAUUGGAUUGGUUAUCCAAGAAUCAUGUUUUGCUUGAUUGUUCUGAGAAGUCAGUACAGUUUAUGCCGGAAGGGUCAGAAGCACCGGUUGUGGUGAAUAGUUACUAUUUGAAUUCUAUGAUAGUAAACUGUUCUGGAACUAAAUGUCAGGGUAUUAUGUUAUUAACUGCGGGAGUAUCAGGUGAUGAUCAGAGUUUAGAGUAG